ACACGCCAGCACAUGGCGGGAUGAAAUCCAAAGCCGCAGAGGAACAUAAUGGAAGGGGCAGAAUUGGGAAAUCAAAUUACGAAAGAAGAGAGAAAAAUAUAAAAAUUAGGAGGAUGAAUAUAUCGGUAUUGUAAAAAAUAGCAAAGAGAGAGCGUCCUUAGUUAUUUUAGAAAGAGAAGCUCGCAGUCGUAGAUCUAUUAGAACUGAUCUAACAGAAUCACUAACAUCAACAGUAACCAUCCUUACUCUUUUUCGAGAUCAAGUUAGCAUAAUGGAGUUCUGCCUCUGAAACACCUAGAGAUUUGAAGGAGCAAGUGAUAAAUAAAUUUUAUAAUUAACAGAUAUGUUCUCAUUGUUCUAUGGCCUCUGGAAGUAUCUUUUUAGUAAGACCGAGUUUCAUGUGCUCAUUCUUGGAAUUGACAAGGCUGGGAAAACAACAUUACUGGAGAAGUUGAAGUCAUUGUACUCAAACUUAGAGGGCCUCCCUCCUGAUCGGAUUGUUCCAACUGUUGGACUCAACAUAGGUCGUAUUGAAGUAUCAAGUACAAAACUUGUAUUCUGGGACUUGGGCGGUCAGCCUGGUCUUCGCUCAAUCUGGGAGAAAUAUUAUGAAGAGGCCCAUGCUGUUGUAUUUGUAAUUGAUGCUACUUGCCCUUCGCGUUUUGAAGAUUCAAAAUCUGCAUUAGAAAAAGUUCUUAGGCACGAGGAUUUACAAGGAGCUCCACUUUUGAUAUUAGCAAACAAGCAGGAUCUUCCUGAUGCUGCAACAGCUGAAGAAAUUGCUAGAUAUCUAGAUCUUAAGAAGUUGGAUGAGAGGGUUUACAUGUUUGAAGCAGUUUCAGCAUAUGAUGGGUUGGGGAUUAGAGAAAGUGUAGAAUGGCUUGUGGAGGUAAUGGAACGAAGCAAGAGAACAGAGAUGUUGAGAGUUCGUGCAGGUAUAACAGGCCUUGGUGCUUAGAAGAAACUAUAUCAAGUUACAGUUGUUUGCCAGUCUUUGUAGCUUCUGUAAAUAAACAGGGUUACACUUCAUCUACAUGACCAAAAGGUCGAUCCAUUUUUUUCACAUCUUAUGUGGCAAUGCUGCACUUUCAGAUAUUUAUUUUUGUUCUUCAUUCACAAAGGAGCAUGUUGGAGAAGGGAAGGGCAUCCGUCUUUUGUAAUACUUUUAAAACCUCUGGUUAUGUGUAAAUUCCAGAAAUGUUUAGCUUUUUUAACAGUAUGUUAAUAGCCAUGAGCGGUUUGAUAGAA